GAAGAUCUGUGUGCACUGUAAGUGUGUGCGUGAGGAGCAUGCAGUGCGGGCGGUGCCGGGCCAGCUGGAGAGGAUGAUGGUGAAGCUGGUAUCAGACUUCCAGAGACACUCCAUCUCCGACGACGACUCAGGCUGCGCCUCUGAGGAGUACGCCUGGGUCCCGCCUGGACUCAAGCCUGAACAGGUCAGAACCAGCUUUUAAUAUACUUUGUAUGGCUCAUUUACUCAGGUGUUUCCUUUAUUUUGGCAGUUACCUGUAUGUUUAAACUUCAACACACAAUCUUAUUUGCAUACACACAGGGUAAAAAAAAAACUGCCUUGCAGCCCCGCCCAAAGAAGUGUGUGUCUGAUCAUGCUUGUUUUAAUGCAGGUGUAUCAGUAUUUCAGCUGUAUCCCGGAGGACAGAGUGCCCUAUGCUAACAGCCCAGGAGAGAGGUACCGCAUAAAACAGCUCCUCCACCAGCUACCAGCUCACGACAGUGAGGUAACAGUCGCUAAUACUGUAACUGUGUGGGGUUUUGGUUGUCCUAAAGCCCCUGGGCUGUAAUAUGAUUGUUUUCUGUGACGCUUGUCUGACUCAGCAUUAUAACUAUUCUCUAAUACUAUACUGCACGUCUGGGUGAGAUGUUGGUUUCCCUAGCCUCUUGGCUGUAAUGUAGUUGUUUUGUGUUGUUCCUCACUAGUCUGUUCUGCUUGAGUUGACAUUAUAACUUCUGUAUGUGUUUUGUGUUUCCAGCCUCAAUACUGUAACCAUCUGGAUGAGGAGGAGAAGAAGGAGCUGCGUAUGUUCAGUCAGCAGAGGAAAAGGGAGAACCUGGGCAGAGGCAUGGUCAGAAUGUUCCCUGUCACCAUGACCGGAGCCAUCUGCCAACAGGUAGAUACUGCUAAGGGAGGAGGGUGGGAGAUCAGGGAGGAGACUAGGGUGGGAUGGAGACUGUGAGAGUGAGGGACCAGGGAGAUGGAGACAGGAGGAAUUAGGGAAUUCUCCAGUUUUUGGUGUAUGUAUUAGACCUGGGUUCAAAUAUCUCAAUUACUUUCACAUACAUUCGAAGUAAGUAUUCAGAUACAUUUUAUUUGAAAAGACAAGUAGUUUAAUAUUUUUAUGUAUUUGGAAAUACACUUGGAAAAUAUUUGAAAAUAUUCAAAUACACUGACUCAAAUACACUCCCAUGCAUUUAAUUUGAAAUAAGUAUUUUAAAAUACUCUCAAAUUUUAAAAUACUCUCAAAUACAAUUUGUUAGACUAUUUGGUUUUUACAGAUAACCAUUCAAAUACACAAAAGUACUUAUUUUGGGCUCUUUUGAAAAGACUCAAAUACACAGAAAAAAAGCAUUUUAAAUACCAUAUACUGAAAUACACAUCAAGCCAAGCACAUAGCUUGGUGAGAGUGUGGUUGUCCUAUGGUUAUUUUGCAUACAACCUUCCCACAACAUUCUGGGAAUGGUGCAGGAUAGUUAGUCUUGCUAACACCAACCUCUGCGUCCUUGACUUGAGUCUGGAACGGCUGCUUUGAUGUGUCUGCACAAAGCAACUACAGUGGGGGAAAAAAGUAUUUAGUCAGCCACCAAUUGUGCAAGUUCUUCCACUUAAAAAGAUGAGAGAGGCCUGUAAUUUUCAUCAUAGGUACACGUCAACUAUGACAGACAAAUUGAGGAAAAAAAAUCCAGAAAAUCACAUUGUAGGAUUUUUAAUGAAUUUAUUUGCAAAUUAUGGUGGAAAAUAAGUAUUUGGUCACCUACAAACAAGCAAGAUUUCUGGCUCUCACAGACCUGUAACUUCUUCUUUAAGAGGCUCCUCUGUCCUCCACUCGUUACCUGUAUUAAUGGCACCUGUUUGAACUUGUUAUCAGUAUAAAAGACACCUGUCCACAACCUCAAACAGUCACACUCCAAACUCCACUAUGGCCAAGACCAAAGAGCUGUCAAAGGACACCAGAAACAAAAUUGUAGACCUGCACCAGGCUGGGAAGACUGAAUCUGCAAUAGGUAAGCAGCUUGGUUUGAAGAAAUCAACUGUGGGAGCAAUUAUUAGGAAAUGGAAGACAUACAAGACCACUGAUAAUCUCCCUCGAUCUGGGGCUCCACGCAAGAUCUCACCCCGUGGGGUCAAAAUUAUCACAAGAACGGUGAGCAAAAAUCCCAGAACCACACGGGGGGACCUUGUGAAUGACCUGCAGAGAGCUGGGACCAAAGUAACAAAGCCUACCAUCAGUAACACACUACGCCGCUAGGGACUCAAAUCCUGCAGUGCGAGACGUGUCCCCCUGCUUAAGCCAGUACAUGUCCAGGCCCGUCUGAAGUUUGCUAGAGUGCAUUUGGAUGAUCCAGAAGAGGAUUGGGAGAAUGUCAUAUGGUCAGAUGAAACCAAAAUAUAACUUUUUGGUAAAAACUCAACUCGUCGUGUUUGGAGGACAAAGAAUGCUGAGUUGCAUCCAAAGAACACCAUACCUACUGUGAAGCAUGGGGGUGGAAACAUCAUGCUUUGGGGCUGUUUUUCUGCAAAUGGACCAGGACGACUGAUCCGUGUAAAGGAAAGAAUGAAUGGGGCCAUGUAUCGUGAGAUUUUGAGUGAAAACCUCCUUCCAUCAGCAAGGGCAUUGAAGAUGAAACGUGGCUGGGUCUUUCAGCAUGACAAUGAUCCCAAACACACCGCCCGGGCAACGAAGGAGUGGCUUUGUAAGAAGCAUUUCAAGGUCCUGGAGUGGCCUAGCCAGUCUCCAGAUCUCAACCCCAUAGAAAAUCUUUGGAGGGAGUUGAAAGUCCGUGUUGCCCAGCGACAGCCCCAAAACAUCACUGCUCUAGAGGAGAUCUGCAUGGAGGAAUGGGCCAAAAUACCAGCAACAGUGUGUGUGAACCUUGUGAAGACUUACAGAAAACGUUUGACCUGUGUCAUUGCCAACAAAGGGUAUAUAACAAAGUAUUGAGAAACUUUUGUUAUUGACCAAAUACUUAUUUUCCACCAUAAUUUUCAAAUAAAUUCAUUAAAAAUCCUACAAUGUGAUUUUCUGGAUUUUUUUUCUAAUUUUGUCUGUCAUAGUUGACGUGGACCUAUGAUGAAAAUUACAGGCCUCUCAUCUUUUUAAGUGGGAGAACUUGCACAAUUGGUGGCUGACUAAAUACUUUUUUCCCCCACUGUAUAAUGAAGGGGUUGUGCCCUUUCAAGACGGCAGGCACCAUACGCUGGUUGGAUAUCCCCUUUCUGAAUUGAAUGAAUCACGAUGUACUGUUUUACGUAGGACCGCCCCAGCCCUUCCGUUUGUAGCCAGCCCUUCCGUAAUAAACAAACAAACACACACACAGUAGCUAGCUAGCACAAACCUUUGGACUUCAGACAUCGUUUGCCGCUAACAUCAGGAAUAGUGCGCAUAAAUCAUCACACAAAUUUCCCAAACGUUAUAACAAACCUUCUACACUAAAACGAGUGACAUAUUAGACAACUGUAACCUGUUAAACGUUACGAUCGUGUGGCUAGCAAGUUGCAACUGUUAGCUUGCAUUGUUCAGCCCAUAGAAAGUCAGCCAGCUAAUAACUUUAGCUUGCUAUCAACUCGAAAUCAUCUAGCUAAUCAAAUGUAUGUUUCAUUUAUAAAUUAACUAGUUAGUUAAUUAUAGGUUGAACAUUUCCUUACCCCACUGAAGUUAUUAAUUUUCCUUCUUGGAUGUCCUCUAUUUACAUAGUAGGGCAAUGAUGUGAAUCAACCAUGCGUGCUAGCAUUACUUUAACAGAACGUUCCCUAAAAGUUCAAACAUGGUUACAUUUAAUUUAAAUUUGGGAAUGUUCUAGGAACGUUCCUCAACUGGUUUUACAUUGGGAAUGGUCUCAAGUAGUUCAGAGACUUAAAGAAACAACAUUCUUCUGUGGGAAUUUCAGUACUUCUGCAUAAUGUUUCCUACAGGUUUCCUUAUGGUUCUAUUUAAAGUCAUGUUCUCAAAUUGUUCCAAGAACAUUAAGAAAACUUUCCAUAAAAACCACAAGAAAAUGUUUGUAACGUUCAGAGAACGUUAUAAGAAUGUUAUUUAAAAACAUGUACAUUACGUUCUCAGCAUCAACAAAACGCUCUCUAUCCUCUAUCUUGUUUAGUGUGUUCAGGUAUGUUGGUCUCGCCCACUAUUUGGCCACACCUGAUCUUAAUGAGUGCUUGUUUCCUUUGAAAUGGGGUAUGUUUGAAUAGACUAGAAACAUGUCAGGCUUUCUCCAUCCUGGUGGCGCAGUGAAUUAAUGUCAUGGAUAGAGAACAGAGGAUUAUACAUUUGAAUCUCACUGAUGGUGUCACAAUAAAAAAAAAUACAUGUGUUUCCAUGAUUGAUGCCUAAGGAAAUGAAUUUCCAUGUGUCCUAUCUGUGCUUGGAGUUCAAAAAAGUGAACCCAAAAUAAUCUAGCAGUGUAGAAACAUUCAGUAAAAGUUACGUUUUUCAAAAACCUACAAAUAACCUAUAAUUUUAGUUCUCUGGGCGUUAAUAAAACCUCCCAGGAAAACUGUCAAGGAACCACAGUAAAACGUUCUCAGAACCUCCCUGCAACCUAAAAAUAAACGUUCCCAGAACAGGCAAAAUGUUUAGUUCCGUUCUCAGAGCGUUUAAAAAACGUUCAGUUUUACCGGUCAGGAAACGUGUGGCUUCAUUCCCAGAACCAAUGGAAAACCAAAAAUGUAUGUUUCCACAACUUCCAAGGAACCAAAUGUGCUAGCUAGGAUGUAUUUGAACUGAGGUCUGGUAUGUAUACACUGUGUUCUCACAUGCUCAUUUACAUUUUGUUUACCUGUUGUUUUGUCUCUCUGUCUCUCUCUCUGUGUUUCAGUGUGGCAGACAGAUCUGUGGUGGGGACAUAGCUGUGUUUGCCAGCCGGGCGGGUCACGGGAGCUGCUGGCACCCUCAAUGUUUCCAGUGUGCCUCCUGUACUGAGCUGCUGGUGGACCUCAUCUACUUCUACCAGGAUGGACAGAUCUACUGUGGCAGGCACCACGCUGAGAGGAUCAAACCGCGCUGCCAAGCCUGUGAUGAGGUGAUUGACUCUGCCCUGUCAUGUCCGCUCAACAAAUAUAUGCUUACUGUGUAUCCAGUCCACUGUCUGCUCAUACACUCUGUAGGCCCUGUCCUGUCAACAAAUCUCUCCAUACUAGGUGUGCUGUCUGCUCAUAUACAGUGGGGGGGAAAAGUAUUUAGUCAGCCACCAAUUGUGCAAGUUCUCCCACUUAAAAAGAUGAGAGAGGCCUGUAAUUUUAAUCAUAGGUACACGUCAACUAUGACAGACAAAUUGAGAGAGAAAAAAUCCAGAAAAUCACAUUGUAGGAUUUUUAAUGAAUUUAUUUGCAAAUUAUGGUGGAAAAUAAGUAUUUGGUCACCUACAAACAAGCAAGAUUUCUGGCUCUCACAGACCUGUAACUUCUUCUUUAAGAGGCUCCUCUGUCCUCCACUCGUUACCUGUAUUAAUGGCACCUGUUUGAACUUGUUAUCAGUAUAAAAGACACCUGUCCACAACCUCAAACAGUCACACUCCAAACUCCACUAUGGCCAUGACCAAAGAGCUGUCAAAGGACACCAGAAACAAAAUUGUAGACCUGCACCAGGCUGGGAAGACUGAAUCUGCAAUAGGUAAGCAGCUUGGUUUGAAGAAAUCAACUGUGGGAGCAAUUAUUAGGAAAUGGAAGACAUACAAGACCACUGAUAAUCUCCCUCGAUCUGGGGCUCCACGCAAGAUCUCACCCCGUGGGGUCAAAAUUAUCACAAGAACGGUGAGCAAAAAUCCCAGAACCACACGGGAGGACCUAGUGAAUGACCUGCAGAGAGCUGGGACCAAAGUAACAAAGCCUACCAUCAGUAACACACUACGCCGCCAGGGACUCAAAUCCUGCAGUGCCAGACGUGUCCCCCUGCUUAAGCCAGUACAUGUCCAGGCCCGUCUGAAGUUUGCUAGAGUGCAUUUGGAUGAUCCAGAAGAGGAUUGGGAGAAUGUCAUAUGGUCAGAUGAAACCAAAAUAGAACUUUUUGGUAAAAACUCAACUCGUCGUGUUUGGAGGACAAAGAAUGCUGAGUUGCAUCCUAAGAACACCAUACCUACUGUGAAGCAUGGGGGUGGAAACAUCAUGCUUUGGGGCUGUUUUCUGCAAAGGGACCAGGACGACUGAUCCGUGUAAAGAAAAGAAUGAAUGGGGCCAUGUAUCGUGAGAUUUUGAGUGAAAACCACCUUCCAUCAGCAAGGCCAUUGAAGAUGAAACGUGGCUGGGUCUUUCAGCAUGACAGUGAUCCCAAACACACCGCCCGGGCAACGAAGGAGUGGCUUCGUAAGAAGCAUUUCAAGGUCCUGGAGUGGCUUAGCCAGUCUCCAGAUCUCAACCCCAUAGAAAAUCUUUGGAGGGAGUUGAAAGUCUGUGUUGCCCAGCGACAGCCCCAAAACAUCACUGCUCUAGAGGAGAUCUGCAUGGAGGAAUGGGCCAAAAUACCAGCAACAGUGUGUGAAAACCUUGUGAAGACUUACAGAAAACGUUUGACCUGUGUCAUUGCCAACAAAGGGUAUACAACAAAGUAUUGAGAAACUUUUGUUAUUGACCAAAUACUUAUUUUCCACCAUAAUUUGCAAAUAAAUUCAUUAAAAAUCCUACAAUGUGAUUUUCUUGAUUUUUUUUAUUCUCAUUUUGUCUGUCAUAGUUGACGUGUACCUAUGAUGAAAAUUACAGGCCUCUCUCAUCUUUUUAAGUGGUAGAACUUGCACAAUUGGUGGCUGACUAAAUACUUUUUUCCCCCACUGUACUGUGCUGCCCUGUGCUGUCCACAAAGCUCUCCAAACUGUGUAUCCACUCUCUGCUUAUACACUCUCUGCCCUGUCUACAAAUCUCCAUUUCAAAUCGCCACUCUCCAGUUCUAAUACUGACUCUUAUGAGGAGAUUUGUAUCUUUGGCAGACUCGUACUCAGGGCUGGAAGAGUGUGUCUUUAUUUGAUUUACAUGCCUGUAGACCCUAGAGGAACAUCUAGUCCCUCAAUGAGCCAGCCAUAUGUUGUUGUUCCACAAGCACCUUUUAAAUCUCUCUUCCUCACACACACACACACACACACACUGACUCUUGUUUAGACCCUCUGUAUUUGUGACUUAAGAGAUUAGUUGAAGUAGACUAAUAGGUCUGUCAUGAUUGACCUUCACAAGUCCUUAGAGGAUAUAACCCUGUCACACUGUAAAGACAGUCUUUCAGAGAAACAGAGAUUUCAUUCCACAUAAACCAGAAAUUUGAUUUGCUGAGCCUCUUACCCUUUUUUCCACCCACUCUCUCGCUCUAUCUCUCUCUCUCUCUCUCCCUCUGUCUCUCUCCUCCUCUCUUUCUGAAAUGCAGAUAAUUCUAGCGGAUGAGUGUACGGAGGCAGAGGGUCGACACUGGCAUAUGAAGCACUUCUGUUGUUUUGAGUGUGAAGCAGCGUUGGGAGGACAGCGGUACAUCAUGAGGGAGAGCCGGCCAUACUGCUGCUCCUGCUAUGAGUCCCUCUAUGCAGAGUACUGUGACACCUGUGGGGAACACAUAGGUACUGCAACAACACAGGUCCAUGUUUGCACAAAGGGAAACAUAUACACACUUACACAGAGAAAUAUACAACCACUCACACAGAGAGAAGUAUACACACUCAAACAGAGAGAAAUACAUACACACUAACACAUAGGGAAAUCCAUACACACUCACACACAGACAAUUUUCUUAGACCCGCUCUCUUUGUCUUCCAGGUAUAGACCAGGGGCAAAUGACCUAUGAGGGCCAGCACUGGCAUGCUGCCGAGUCGUGUUUCUGCUGUGCCCGCUGUCGGCUCCCCCUGCUGGGGCGGCCCUUCCUCCCGCGUGGGGGCCUCAUCUUUUGCUCCAGGCCCUGCUCCCUGGGAGAGGAUCCAGAUAACUCAGACUCGUGUGACUCAGCCCUCCAGAGCCGGCAUCCGCAGCACAGACGCUGUGAGACAGAUGAGAAAAUCCAGCAGCCGCAGCGCUGCUCCUCACAGCAACCACCAGAUGGAGCCAACAUCCCUGUUGUCCCAGGAGAAGUCUGCAUUCAUGCUGCACUGGAAAAUAGACGUAGGGGCAUACUGUACAUACAUAGAUGUAGAUGGCAUUUACAUGUUAUGUAGGUCAUGCCUGAGCCUUUUUAUUUCCACAGCAUGUAACAGCUAUGUAAUACUCAUACACAUACAAACAUAAGAUAGCCUGCAGGGAAUGGAAUUGAAGAAAGAUUAUUUUACUUAUUUAGCAGGCUCUUUUAUCCAAAUUAACUUUGAUCACAUGAUCAAAACAAUAGAAUUUAGAAAUUGUCAAAGAUUACAUAGCCUUUUCUAUUCAAACAAGGUGUGUUUUAUCUUCAUUUAAUCUGUCUCCCAGGUGUUCACAUCUCUACUAAUGUUCCAAAUGGUAUCCUUCCAUCACUCAUCGGUCAUCCUAACCUCAGAGGGUCCUACUCUCCCCUUCCCCAUUGUCACUUAGCCAAUAACUGGGGACCAUCUUGGCCUGUUGACCAAUCACUCAGCAGUUUGCACCCUGGAGAUUGUGGCAAGCAUCCAGGCAGUAGUCUGGAGUAUUUAGGAGAGCCCAAUGGCUAUGCGGGACACCCCCUCACCAGUUUUAGUAGAGGAACGUCUACUGCAAAGGACUGUGGGAACUGGGUGGAGAGGAGUAGUCAAGUUAUGCAAGGUAUUACACAAGGCAAUAACAUGCAUCAUAAAUUAAAGUGGGACUGUUCAGAAUGAAACAGUUAAAUGUGGUGCUCUGUUAGAUACAAUUGGCCACAAGCAAGAGUUGAGUAGUAUUCUGUAAAUCUGUAACCAAAUCUUCCUCACCUCCUGUUAUUGUGAGGUGAUUGAACAGUAAUUGUAUCCUUUGCUUUUUUUAUUUCUAAAUGGAGGUAUUUUAUUUGUUCCCUCUCCCUCUUCCCAGUGUUUCCUCCCCCGAGGAACUCCUCCUUACCUGCAUCACUAAACCAUCCCAGUCCUGCUGACCCUCUGCCCCUCCCACCCCCUCUACCCACCAAGUCUAGUGAUUUGAUGAACAGGCCAAGUCUGCACCUACCAGAGCCAAGCCCCCCUGACCCUAGCCCCCAAUCAAGUCGCAGCGGAACAGCCAGGGUCAGUUUCCGAGAGCCAAUCAGCUGCAGCUACUCGGUGGAUGAGGAGGAGGAAGAAGAGGAGGAGAAUGAGGAGAGAAGAGAGGGGGAGGAAGAACAGGCGGAGGGGGAGGAAGAGGAUGGAGGUUUUGGGCGCAGGUUACAUAUGCAGAGGGGCAUUCCACCUCAAAUGGACCUACUGGGUAAGAGACAGAGACUACUUUUUUUUAUUUUCCUUCUUCUCUUUUUUCUUUUCAUCACAAUGGCCAACCGUCUCUCAUUUUUUGCGUCUCCUCACAGAUGGUUCAUACCAACAUCGUAGUUUACGGCGGGGGUGGAACCGCGGCCGUGUGGCCUCCGACUCCACUCUCCACCUAGGCACAGAGAGACGUUUCCGUCACUCUCGGCCGGAUAGGCCCCGUCUGGAUGCUCUAGAAUGGAGAGGAGCGAGGGAGAGGGUUUCACUCUCUUCCCCUGGCACCACAGAGCCCCCAUCACUUACCCUCCAGCCAACCCAGUACAAAAAACAUGAGGACUCCUGCUCAACCUGCUCCUCUUCCUCAGACUCAGAGGAAGAGGGUUAUUUCCUGGGGCAGCUCAUCCCCCUGCCCCCCCAGCUAACCCACAGGCCCCAGUCCGUGGACAGAGAGAGGGAAGGAGAGAAGGACAGGGGGUUGAGAAACAGCCUGAGAAGGAAGAGAAGGGCCAAUAGCCUUGGUGCAAAGGACAAAGACAACAACUGUGCCAUCUCC